UACCAAAGUCAAUUCCUCCCGAAUCAUCUUACAUGUCUAUCACCAUGUCUAACACAUCUAUGGAUAUACCCCGGUGUAGAUCUGAUAUCCAACAUGGAAAAUACACCAGUUCAUAGCUCAAAAAUGGAGCGUCGCCGUCGUCGCCCAGCUUUAUCCUGCGUUAGCUGCAGGAAGUCCAAGAUCCGCUGCGACCGCAAUAUGCCUUGUGGUGCUUGUGUACGAUCUAAGCACAGAACUUGUGUCUUUGACCCUCAAAUCCAUCCAUCUCCACGACAGUCGGAUAUGACGUCUACUCUAGCUGGUCCACUACAUCAAGCUGAUUCGUCACAUGAUGAUCGAUCCAACUUCUCUCUGACUGGAACAACGCCUGCUGAUUCAAGUUCGUCUCAGACGAAUACACCCACCUUUGAUGUAAAGUCAUUGCUCGACCGAAUUAGGGAGCUUGAGCGUCGCUUGGAAGAAUCUACACAACAAUCUACCAGCACCAAGAACGUCACUCGAGCCUCCACUACUAGUUCUGAGCCCGUAGCUACUUAUCCAAGUUAUCUUGCAGGGGAGUUGCACACCAUGAACAAGAGUGUAAUGUCUAAAACUCGAUACUUUGGCCAAAGCCAUUGGAUGAACCAAGUUGGAAGCUUCAAAGGUGUCCUGGAAAUGUUUGAUCAGCAAUAUCGAGAAAAGAAGACAGAAAUCAUGACACUUGUUGGCAAAUGCAAGACACUGGCUAGGACCAUCAAGGCUCAACGAAUCCCCGAGUUGAGUUUCAAAUUUGGGACCAACAUACCCUCGCGAGAAAUCGCCGACAAGCUUGUAGACGGCUACCUUAGGACCUCAGAGUCUGUAUUUCGAAUCUUGCACGUGCCCUCCUUCCAAAAGGAAUAUGAGAAAUUUUGGUCUUCCCCCGAUUCGGUUGAUCCUUCUUUUGUAAUACAACUUCAGCUUGUCAUGGCAAUUGGCAGUACCAUUUAUGAUGAACUCUUCACCUUGCGCCAGUCAGCCGUCCAAUGGGUGUACGAGGCACAAUGCUGGCUGGUAUCACCGGUUCCGAAAACGAGAUUGACGCUCUCUGGCCUGCAGGUCAUGUUACUUCAUUGCAUGGCCCAGGAGACUGCAUCUGUCGGUCAGGAUCUGGUAUGGAUUCCAGUUGGGCAAGUCGUACGCACAGCCAUCUAUAUGGGCUUUCACAGAGAUCCGAAUAAGCUACCCAAAAUGAAUCGUUUUCGUUCAGAAAUGCGACGUCGGUUAUGGAACACUAUCCUCGAAAUCGCCUUGCAAGCCAGUAUUGACUCCGGGGGACCGCCUCUCAUCUUUUUCGAAGAGUUCGACACGUGCGCUCCAUCCGAUUGCGAUGACGCCCAGUUAACAAGUGACGACCCCUCAACUCUAGUCAAUCCAAAUGAUAAGUUCACAGAUAUGACAAUACCCUUAGCUCUUCGCGCGACCUUUUCGGCACGUCUAGCGAUCGCCCAAGCGCUCAACGAGAUCCGCGGCCAAAAUACCUACGACGACACGAUUCGACUUCACGGUCAACUCGGCACAGCCUACAAGUCACUUUCGCAAAACCUCCAACGAUUUUCCUCCACGGAGCGUAAACCAACCCCGUUCCAACGACGCUUUCUGGACUUUCUCGUCCGCCGAUAUUUCAUGACUUUGCAUCUACCUUAUUUCGGGCCAGGCAUGAUCGAGCCAGCUUACGCAUUCUCGAAGAAAACUGUAGUUGAGACAUCUGCAAAGUUAUACUCUCUCGUUUUCCCAUUGGCAUCCACGAGUCCUCGAUCGGCAAACGAUUUGAGAUUAACAUCCGAAGAUGCGGAUGAUUUAGGUCGACUCACCACAUGCGCAGCAGGUUUAUUUCGAAAUAUCAUAUCUCAGGCGUCAAUGGCCAUCGCCUUCGAGGUACAGAACCAAUUACAAGAAGAUGACAGUAUGGGACUUCCGACACCCAGGACAGACCUACUCAACAUUUUUCGGGACUCCGCCACUUGGGUCCGCCACCGCAUUAAAGCCGGGGAAACCAAUAUAAAAGGUUACAUGUUCACGGCAGGACUACUAGGACAAGUCGAGGCUUUACUCAGUGGCCUAAAAGGACCCGAGCUUGUGGAUGCUACCGUCAAGGCUGGCACUGAAGCCGCGCGCGAUGGUUUGGAGUUACUCAAGCAACAUGCUAGGCCAAACCUUGACGAGAAGACUACUGCAGUUGACGAACAGUUCAGCUUUGACACGAUAAUGGCAAUGGAUGAAGACUGGGACUUUGACACCUCGAUGCAGAAUGUCCUAUAUGAUUUCAUCAGCAUCGAAUCCGUGUUCGGGGCAGCGACUGACCCUAAUGACGCGAUGGCGCCGGAUUUGGCACAAUGGCAAUGACAAAGAAUUAAUAUUUAAAGAGCCUAGUAGCUCACUUCAUUUCAAGUUGACGAGGGCAGUCGUCACAAAGAAUAUACUUUAACAUUAUUCGCAUAUGCCUAUUUGCAUAUAAUAAUAUUUUGGAUGCCAUAAUCAGAACUUCUACCUAGGUAAUAGGAGAAUCAUAGGAUGCGAAUUUGUCCACUCUGCCUCUUAAUCGUCAAGCCGAUUUCCCAACGCCAAUGCUUGCCUAUAUAUCCAUUCCUUCGCCGUUAGCUUCUCUCCCUCUUCCUCUGGAUCUUCAGGAACCCCCUUUAUUCUGAGUUUCUUCAUAAUACACUCAUCCUCAGGG